AUGAUAUUGAACAAUGUAGAAGUUGAUUCGAGAAUGUCUUUGAGCAAUAGUGUGGUUGAAAGUUAUGGUGGUUGUAAACAUCACUACCUUGCGCCCACACCUCCAAACGGAUUAAGGUUAGAAACUAUAAUGUUGUCGACACCAAUGGCAGAAAUAUGUGGCGUAUGUCGUAUUAAAUUCUUAUGCCAAUUAUUAAUGGCAGUUGUGAGAAGGAAUAAGAUAUGGUUUGAAGCCCAUGCGAAACUUUCUGAAACCGACACAGAAUAUUUUGGUAGUAAUUUCUUGUUUAACAUUCAGGAUGACGAAGCGGAAACACCACUAAAGACGAUCAUUUGA